AUGGUCACCAAUCCCGAGCCUAUCGUCUGCGCCGAGGACAUCGCCCUAUCCUCACUGUUCCACAGCAUACCGGUCGCACCAACCCGUAACAGCGCCAACAGCCUACCUACGCCCAGAAAACAAUACACCUUGCCCUUUGACACAGAGCGCAGGCUCGUUGGGGCUUUAGCUUUCCUGGCCCAUAGUAAAGACGACGUGGACCAUAUCCCCGCCGUAUGUUUGGAAGAAGACGCCGGGUCGGGGUUGAAGGUAAUAGUUGCCGUCAACAACGCCCGCUAUGCCGAUGGUGAGGGUGCGCUUCUGCGCAUUGAGCGGGGGUUUGAGAGGAUAUUCGCGGUUCUGGAGGGUGGAUUUACUGCAGGUGGGUCAUACCCACAAGAGAACCUCGAGGCGCAGAUCCUCAAAGAGAUAGUCGCCAUGUGCUCUCUGCGCAUCCUUUGUCGGUUACGACUGGCGUCGUCGAGAAAGAAGGCUUCUUUUCAGGAUACGCUUCGGCACGCUGUGCUGGCUGUGAAGAAUAUGCGCCGGCAAAAGCUCGCUGAAAGGGACUUGGUCAAGGCGAAGGAGAAGUUCGAAGUAAGGGCAAAGGAAGUAAACAAGCUCAUUGACUCGUGGUCUCGAUAUCAAGUCAUCGUGAACGUGGUUAGGAUUGUGGAAGGCGUGCAUCAGCUGCAGCAGAUUGUUCAGCUCCCGGCGUUGAUUCGCAUGAUACCCAAUCAGGCUAUGAGCCCAACUGCAAGAGAGAGCUUGCUGAAUAUCGUUGGCAAAGUCUCCAGAUACCACGAGGCUGCAAGGCUUUUGUACCGCACUGCGAAGAAAUUCCCGCUUGCUCGGACGAUGAAGACGGUGCCUGUUCGCCUUCCCAGGGAGGCAUUCGGAAUGCCCUCGGGCUUACUCGACAAAUACGCGCCGGACCUGUUAUCUAAACUUGCAGAGGCCAGCCCUAAACGCAAAGGCAAGGCCCAAGGCCAGCCAGCCGAACUCAUGACAGAAAUCUGCACAGCCCUAAGCAUCCCCCAACAAGGCGCCAUGGAGCAGUAUUCCAAGCAGGUAAUGAAGACCCUAAAAGAAGGCAAAUUCCACGCCGAGGUCCAGCUAGUCGCCUACUGCGAGCUGGAAAGGCCAGCAAUAUAUCCGCGCGUAAUCUGCUCUAGCAAAGACGCCUGCUUCCUUUGCAACAUGUUUCUCCACGAGUAUGGCAAGAUAUAUACACCGCAAACCCAUGGCCGACUAUAUCCGGGAUGGAAGCUGCCGUGGGUACCGCAGCUUGCAGAAGUAGAACGGCGCUUUGGUCAAGCUAUCGGCGACUAUUCUAGGCAGAGCUGUGCGAGCCUCCUAGCAACGAGGAAGAGGGUGGCUCUUCCGUGUCCGAAUGAGAGUACGCUGUUCACACUCCCGUUAUCAAGCACCACGGUAGCCAUAGAGUCGGAGUCUGUUGUCUCGGAGGCUUCGGAGACUAGGACCAAGCCCACUCCCAUGGCUACACCUGCAGAAUCUGCCCAUGAGUACGGCGAGCGAAGCAGCGUCCAUCUAUCUCCAAGCCCAUCCCCCGCCCAGUCUAGUGACCAUACCGACAAAAGCACCUUAGUCGACGGACCGGGUGUAUACAAUGAUAUAACAACAACAGAGGAACACUGCCCAGAGCCACACAAAGCACCAGCGUAUCAUACCAUGGCCCAAAACCUCGAGGUAACCGGAGAUCUAGCCCCAGGUACAUCAUCGGACGUAUACAGGGCCGGCCCGCUGCAGAUUGAAAUCGAGCAUGCUACAGGCGUCCGUCACAUUACAUACCGACUACAGUGGCUGGGCGUCGAGGAAGCCAUGCCAAUCCAAGCCCAUGCCCAAGGGAAUGGCUCGAUUCCGACUUCAACUCCCUUGGUAGACGCGGAGAACCUUGGCCCCGGCUCUGCGGGCACAGUUAGCUUUUCUGGACAGAACUCGUUAUAUGUUACCGCGAAAGGAGCUGUGCUGAGGAUCAACUGGACGGCAGAUCGUCUCGAAAGAUCUUAA